AUGGACUGCGUCAAGCUCCCAGAUGUUGGUUCUCGAAGUUUAACAACGGCCUUGAUACAGUUUGGGUUUGUUCAAUCGUAUCCUGACUACUCUUUGUUCACCUAUUGCAAACACAAUGUGCGUUUGCACAUGCUGAUAUAUGUUGAUGACCUGAUUAUUGGGGGAAAUGAUACUGCUGCCAUUGUAAAAUUCAAAAGUAUCUCCAUCGGUGCUUCCAUAUACCUGGGCCCACUCAAAUAUUUCCUAGGGAUUGAAGUAGCUCAUGGCCCUGAGGGAAUAUUUUUGUCGCAACGGAAGUAUGCCCUAGACAUCAUCUCGAAAUGUGGAUUCUUAGGAGCCAAACCAACAUCCGUGCCCAUUGAACAGAAUCAUCAUCUUGCGUUGGCAAAGGGCACUCUUAUGGAGAAUCCGAAUCGGUAUCGACGAUUAGUGGGACGAUUGAUCUACUUGACCAUUACACGACCUGAGUUGUGUUAUUGUAUUCAUAUCCUAGCUCAGUUCAUGCAAAGUCCACGACAAGAACAUUGGGAUGCAGCUCUGCGCGUAGUGCGUUAUAUGAAAGGAUAUCCAGGACAAGGUCUAUUGUUCUGUUCUGAUAGCGAUCUGCGUCUAUAUGCCUAUUGCGACUCUGAUUGGGCAAGUUUUCCAUUGACACGACGAUCGUUGAUUGGCUAUUUUGUUCUGUUGGGGCAAACACCGGUUUCUUGGAAAACGAAAAAACAACAUACCAUGUCGCGCUCCUCUACAAAAGCCGAAUAUCGUUCGAUGGUUACGACAAGUUGUGAGCUGAAGUGGAUGAAGAAACUUCUUUUGUCCUUUGGGGUGGCACAUGAUGAACCUGCACGAUUGUAUUGUGACAAUCAGGUAGCUUUGCACAUAGUCGUGAAUCUAGUGUUCCACGAGCGGACAAAGCAUAUUGAGGUCAAUUGUCAUUUUGUUCGUGAUGAGCUACAGCGUGGGAACAUUGUUACUUGCCAUGUUCGAACCACAGAGCAGUUGGCUGAUAUCCUGACGAAGGCUCUGGGAAAAGAGAAAUUUGCAUAUUUCCUUGGAAAAUUGGGCAUUCGGAAUCUACAUACGCCAAUUUAA